AUGGCGACACCCGACAUAUCGACCCUCACCUCCUCCGCCCAGAUCUUCUCCUCCAACUACACUCUACCGCAGAUCCGCGCCAUCCACCGAUCCCUUCAUGUCGAAAUCGACGAGAAGGCGAGCCGCCUGCGCACUCAGGUUGGCAACUCGUACCGCGACCUCCUCGGUACUGCCGACACCAUCGUCCAGAUGCGCAAGGACAACGACGCCGUCCAGGGCGUCCUGGGAGGUAUGGGCGGCCGUUGCGGGCGCGGCGUCGUCGGAUCCAAGGUAUCUGGUCUGAGCGGGUUCGAAGACGCCGUCAGGAAGCGCACCGGCGGAGACGUCGGCAUCGUCGCGAAGGUCAGGCUGCUCGAGACCUGCGCGCUCGUCGUCGGCCGUAUGCUCAAGGGCUCCGGUGCCGAGAUCCAGGAUUUGAGCAAAGGAGAUAGGGUCGUCCUCGCUAGCAAGGUGCUGGUGCUGAGCCGGCUUUUGGUGAAGAGCCUGGGAGAGGAGGAGAGGCUGGACGGGGACGUCGGCCACGCUGUUGAGGCCACGAAGAAGAGCUUGGUUGGCUUGAAGAAGAGGUUGUUGCGAUACAUUGAUGGCUUGUUGGAGCGUACAGGAGAUACCAUCAAGCAGGAGGAUGUCCUCAAGGCAUUGUGUGCCUAUAGCUUGGCCACCAGCUGCGGCGCCUUCGACGUCGUCACCCACUUCUUGGGUGUAAGAGGCGCCGCCAUGGCGCUUGCUUUCGAAGUUGAAGACAAGGAGCGGCAUAGGAGCACGGGAGACGUGCUCAAGAGUCUGACGCUGUACACAAGGACGCUGUUAGAUGUUCAGGCCCUCGUACCUUUCAAGCUAUCUGACGCGCUGUCGAACCUCAAGAAGAGCCCCUUGCUAGCGGACAUGGCACUCAAGAAGCUUGAGGGCCUACGCCUCGACGUCUACGAGCGAUGGUGCGGGGAGGAGAUCCAGUUCUUCACCCCCUUCAUCCGGCACGAUGACCUCGACGGCCCGCGGGCGAGGGACAUGCUCUUCAGCUGGGCCGAGAAGGGCAGCGAGGUGCACAUCGACGGCCUCAAGAAGACCAUGGAGCGCAUGGUGGAAUUCAAGGCCAUCACCGAGCUGCGGACGAGCGUACUCCAGCUGUGGAUCCGCGAGGGCGGCAAAGCCCGUGGUUUCGACCCCUCCGAGAUGCUCGACGAGCUGCGCGGCGCCAUCAACGGUCACAUGCUGAACCUCGUCGAGACCAAAGUCAACAAGCUGCACCUCAUCGGGUCCGAGGUUUCGGCGACGCUGGACUCGUGGCGGGACGGCGUGACGGAUCAGCCUGUGGAACUCUGGAACGUUCGCAGCUUCGACAUCGACCUCAUCAACGGAGCGGAUCACUUCUUGCAGGAGCUCGUAGCCAGGUUGCACGGCCGGAAUGACUCGGUCUCCAAGGCCGUGAACGGGUUUCAGUCGUGGCGGCACAUCAUUGAGGAGGUGGGCGACGUGGUGGAGCACCUGAAGAGGCAGCGUUGGGACAACGACAUUGACGAGAUUGAGGACGAAGAGACGAUCGAAGAGAGACAGCAACUGCUCAGCAAAGAUGACCCUAGAACGCUGCACGAGAAGCUCGACUCGACACUGGUCAAGGCUUUCAAGGACCUGGACGAGAAGCUCACGAGCCUAUGGAGGUCUAGAUCGGACGCGCAGAACAGCGGCAAGGUUGCCAUGUACCUCCUCCGCAUCCUGCGAGACGUACGCCAGGGCCUGCCGAAGCUCGACAGCGUCAAGAGCUUCGGGCUGGGGAUAGUGCCGUCUCUGCAGGGGCAGCUCGCCGUUGCUGUGUCGGCGCAGCCACUGGAGGCCUUUAUAAGCAAGGGACUCACCCAGAGGACUGUCAUCGGCCGUCUGCUGUGGGAGGGCAGCCCCGAGCUGCCCACACAGCCUUCACCCAGAGUGUUUCGGUUCCUGCGUGAUGUGUCGACGGAGAUGAGCGACGCUGGAAUGGACUUGUGGAGCGCGGUGGCUGUCGGCGUUAUUAAGCAGCAUCUCAGGAAGCAACUGGCCGAGAAGUGGCUGGAGGCUCUUGAGGCACAUCUUGCGGAAAAGACGAGUGGCGACGCAUCAGUAUCUGAAGAAAAGCAGGUUGCGCCCGUCGAGGAAACGCCUGAGGAUGAGGAAGAGGAGACUUCUGGCGAGGAGAAAAAGCAGGAAGAGGGCUUUGAUGCUAGGAAGGAGGAGGAUGCGUCCGGCGAGCAGCCAGAAAGCGGAGAAGAGAAGCCAGAAGAGAAGGCUAAGGAGGAGGAGGCCUCCGAAGCCCCCGAACCACCGACAAAAGUGGACGAUGACCUUGCACAACAGCGCCGGGACCUUCUGAUUCAGUGGCUGUUUGACGUCUCUCUGCUACGAUGCUAUCUCGACCCUCAGGCGGACAGUGAAAGCAAUGAGCUCAAGGGCUUGGAGGACAGGGUCUACGACAGCACAGGCCUGGACAGCAACGACGCGCGGCAGAGCAUUGCCAAGUCGUCGCAGGACUACCACAAGAGGACAAACCUGCUUUUCGGCCUGCUGUGA